AUGGAAGAAUCAUCUUCUAGUCAAGCCUCUUCCCAGCCCCAUGCAGGCUACAAUGUCUUGGAGCAGGUGCUGGAUCGUGAAUCGCUCAUCCAGAAACAUAUCGAACAGCUUUCCCAAAUGAAGCUUCAAGCAACCAAUCACGACAAGCUGGCAUACUUUCGUGCUUGCAACGGUGAUAUUCAGCAAGCCACUCACCGCUUGCAAGCUACCUUGGAAUGGAGAAAACAAGGGGGCAUUUCCCAGCUGCUGAAAGAUCCCACUUGGCUUACAAGAGAAAAAGAAAUGAGAAAAACACUAUGGUAUGACUAUUUGGGCGCCGAUCGUCAUGGACGACCAAUAUUGGUGGAGCGUGGUGGUCGAUGGGAUGUUCGAAAAGUGUUAUCCUCUAUUUGGCCUCAUUACUAUGCCCAAAACUAUCCUGAUGGCACUGAUACUACAGAGCAAGACAAGAUUGACGAAGAAUCCUUUGUGAAACUUCACUGUAUGUCUUGCGAAAUCAUGUUACAGACGGAUCGUCAUUGUUCGACUCCAGAUAAUCCAGUCAAAGACGAUAGAGGAAUGAUUAUCAUUAUGGAUCUAAAGGGGCUACGGCCUUGGCAUUUGGAUCCGCGUUUGGCAACCGCAUUUGGAAAGGUUGCAGCUGUCAAUUCGACACACUACCCCGACACGCUGGCUCAUGUCUGGGUUGUCAAUGCCCCAUACCUCUUCAAUGGUCUAUCCCGCAUGGUACAGCCCUUUCUCGAUCCAGAUACAGUCGGAAAGUUCCAUGUUUCGAGUGGGAUCCCUCCCGAGUUGGCCCAGUGUGUCGGAACCGAUUGCCUGCCAGAAGAACUUGGAGGUUCUCGAAAAAGCAUCUUUCCAUAUGCUCAGGAUUCUCCCAUGUCCGACUAUCCAAAGAAAUAA